GAAGUGAACCUUAAGACGCCCAGCAUCCCCUUAAAUCCUCUCAUCACUCUUCAGCAAUCGAAAUCAACGAAAACAUCACGAUGAGCUUUUCAGCGAUUCUACCUCUCCUUCUUCUUCUUCUUCUUCUUCUUCUUCAUCCAGGAUAUGCUCUGAUCUCAGUGACAUCGUUUGGACUCGGGGAACCCGGCACUUUGACGUGUCCGAUGCCUGAUUUUGAGUACAGCAACACUCGAGUGAAGUGGUACAAGCAGAGCGUCGGUGACACGCUUGUGCUGAUCACUUCUCUGAUGAAAGGGGCUGCAAAUUCCAAUUUUGAAAAAUCGUUUCCUUCGUACCGAUUUGAGGUGAACUUCACUGCGACCAUGUGCUCUCUGACCAUUCUGAAGACGGUGCCGGAGGACGAGGCGGUGUACCACUGUGCCAUCUCUACCUGGAACAAGGAUCAUUGGAGUGGGACGUAUUUGUCUAUAAAAGGAAACGCUGAGAGGAUAACAGACAUCACUGUGGCUCAGUGGCCGACAGUUUCUCACUCUGUCCGUGCAGCAGACUCGAUAACUCUGCGAUGUUCAGUCCUCUCCGACUCCCAGAAAACGACCUGUCCAAGUGAGCACAGCGUGCACCUGAUUGGAGUGCGAUCAGAUGAAUCACGUGCUAACAUCAUGUACACUGAUGGAAACAGAGGUGAUAAAUGUGACAAUAAAUCUGAAGAGCAUCCGACUCCAAAGACCUGUAUCUACCACUUCUCUAAGAACGCCCGCUCCGCAGACGAUGGCACGUUUUACUGCGCCAUGGCUACAUGUGGAGAGGUUUUAUCUGACAACAGAACCAAACUGGAAGGCAGCAGUUUGUGGUCCUUUGAGUUAAUGAAAGACGCCAUCAUUCUGUGUCUGCUGUCUGCUGUCCUGGUCAUCAGUGUGACCGUCAUGGCCCUCCUCAUCUACGGCAUCAAGAAACACAGAUGUGAUAACUGCAACGAUGCAGCUGCUGCUGCUGCUCUGCAGGAAAAUGUUACAAACAGGAAGUUAAAGAGAGACGAUGAAGACACCUGGAUUUAUUCGACUGUCCUCUUUACCGUGGUGAAAACUGGCAAUGGUGGAAGAAGGGACAUGAAACAAGACAGAGAGAGAAUCUACGCUGUCAAGGCGCCGGGGUUCGAUUAGCUUUUUAGACGGGUCGUUAGCCUUUAUGUAGCUCAGUGUGUGAUCGCUGAUGUUAUCCUGAAAGCCGAAGGUUAAUGAUGGUUUUUUCUUUUUCUUUUGUUUGUUUAAAUGUUUGGCUUGAAGCAGGUGCUGUACAUGAGCGACUAUAUGAAAGUAAAGAAAUGCAUUUUGUGAUAGCAGUAAGCACGGCUACGAGCAGGGCCGCCCCUGGCCAAAGUGGGGCCCAAAGAGGAAGUUUUAUUGCCCCCCUAACCCCCCCUACUUAUAGCAUAUAUUUGCAAGAAUGUAUAAAGCUGUAUAUAACAUUUACUGCCAACUUCCACAUAGUCCGUGCACCACAAUCCAGCAGUGCUGCACCGCUGUAGUCAAAGCUCAUGUUUCCACAGCGAGCGCCGUGGUCCGUCUCCAAGCUGGACAGAAUCGAAUGACCAGGACAGGAAGUCAGACAAGAGCGUCUGGUCAAUUUCAAAACAAAACAAAAUAUGCAGAGUCCUGAUCGAAUAUUCCAUCACUUUGUUUUAGUGAUAUGUUUGGUGUUGGUCUUGUGUCAGUCUUGAUCCCUAAAUGUCUUGGUCUGGUCUCGGGUAUGUCUUGGUCUCGGUUAGAUGGGUCGCAUUACAAAUAAAGAUUGAUUGGUGAUAUUUGGAAACCCUGUGAUAAAUGAAACAAAGUAUUAUGUGGGUUUAAAGGAGUAUUUAAAACGUCUAUGAUUUAUUUCUUCCCCACAGGUUUUGUUAUCUUUGUAUUCAUCGUGUGUGGUUAAAGGCAGCCGAGCUGAGAUGCUCUGCGAUGAAACCCAUGAAACAAGAAAUGGCAGUGCGGUUGUAAUGAAAGAAUAAAAGACGUGUCGCUUUCUUUAUCUAGAAACAGAGACCACGAGACAGGAAGCCAAUCACAAAACAAAGAUGUGAACAGCUUGUGUGUGCCACUUCUUCCUCGCUGCCGUCACCAUAACUUGACCACGAAGGUUUCAAACUAUUUUAAAUACAUCUAUACAUUAAACACUGAAAGAGA